UGGAAGACACUGCCUCUUCAGACCGGUGCCCAAAAAUAAAAUAAAUAACUCAUAAGUAACUCAGAACUGAGAACAGGAACAGCAAUAAUAGUAACAAUUAAGAGCACACGGUGAUUUUCACUAGAUUUUCAUUACUUUUUUACUGGUUGCUCCCGUAAUUGGUAUUUUAUUUUUGCGUUUCUCAUCGCAACUGGCGAUUGUUGCAUUCCAGUAAUCGGUGAUUGCUAUUAAUCCGUGUUAUUGUUGUUGUUCUGCGUCCAAAUCAAUUUGCUUUGUUUUUGUAAAAGUGCAGUGAGAAAAGUGCUAAACAAUUAGGCAUCCGCAUGACUGGCGAAUAAAAACAGGAAGCUGCACUUUUUUUUGGGCAGUGCGUCGUCCAUUUUGUCUGUUGUGCGUGUGCCAGUGUGUGUGCGUGUGUGCCUGUGUGUGUGACUGAGUCCGUUUCCGGUCCAGUCAAUCAACAGCAACAGACUUGCUUGUAUUUUGCAUUCGCAUUUGGCCAAAAACGCAGGACCACAAUAGCCCUAAAUCUGCUGAAUUGUAGCGAAGCGAAAGGAAACGAAAUAAAUAGGAAAAACGCGCGCAACAGACGCCACGCCACGCCACGCCCCCCGCCCCCAACGGCAUCCUCUUCCUCCGCACGAGCGGAAGCAAAACAAAGGGAAAACAGGACAGCAGGCAAGGAGCAAAGGAAGUGAAAGGAAACGAGAGGAGAACAAAGCAAGCGGCCGCAAAGGAAACGCAUAUGAGCUGAACGGCAGGAUAUAAACCCCAAAAAAAAAACGACCAAUUUGCGAAACCAAAAGUCUUGAGAAUAUUCAACUGCUGCUGCAAACCGUAUGACUGAUUUUUCAAUUUGAGCAAAGCAUAGCGAUUACCUACCUAAGAACUUUAUACCAGCUUACAACUACGAACGCAUUCUCGUAUACACCCGGAUAUCCAUUUGCGUAUUUGAAUGGCACGGCAAUAGCGCCGAUUAUCUAGGAUUACAUAUAGUAGAGCGCUAGCAAACGAUCCCGUAGAUAGUUUUUUGUACUCAAACCGCUCUAGCCGAUUUAGCCUGAAAGUAUUUACAUAUAUACAUACGUACAUAUAUCCGAUCUGAUCCGAUAGAUAGGAACAGGAACAGGAGGAGGAUCGGCGGAGGAGCGAAAGGAAUGCAGCGGUGUCCCUACAUUCAUGAGAUGCGCGAAAGAUUACUGGACCAGCCGCGGGAGACACUACAACUGGAGAACAUGGAGCGGGCCAAUCUGCUCGACAACCGCCAAUCGGCAUCCGAAUCCAACCAGGUCGGCACUGUGGUCAAGCUGCAGGGCGAUGGCUACCACACGAGUCCUGCCCACCAGCGUACUCCACUAGUGCCGCACGAUCUCGGCGAGGACUUCAAUUUGGAUUUCGACGAUGAUUUUCCGAUCGAUGCGCGCCGACCGAAAAAUGCCAACGACAAACAUCCAGCGGUUCUCACGCGCCCACAGCAAAGGGUUUGCUACACGUUCAAGCCAAAUCCAAAUAAGUACAGUUUUAUGCCAGCGAAAAUAACGGUACAGGGCACAUAUGAAACCAAUCCGAUAACGGGACCCAUCGAACUAUGGACAUCGCUGUUCAUCGUGACCAGUCUGGUGUACGCGAUCCUACUGAUCGUCGUGUGCAUUGCCUACGUAAUCAGCGAUGUAACCACCCACCGACUGCCGGUUUUGUACUACGAGACAUUCUUCACAUAUCUGUACGGCGUCAGCAUACUCUUCCUUCUCUACGUCUUCUGUUUCCUGCUGCAGGAGAGCUCUUGCUGCAAUGGCGGCAAUGGUGGCAGCAAACCGAAACCCCAGCCCAAGGAGAAGAAGUCGAAGAAAGCCAAAAAUGCCGAUCCGGCCGAUUCGAAGGACGCGAAGGGCUCCAAGGACUCUGGCAAGGCAGCCAAGGGCGCCGCAUAUCAGCACACACUGGCCAAGUUUCUGGAGGCACCUGUGGACGCCGAGGUGGCCGUCACCCCAAAGAAUGUGCGCAAGCGCAAGACAACCCAUAGUGAUCUGACGCACGGCAGCUUCUUCCUGCGAGUGGGUGCCAUUGCUUUCGGUUUGGGCGGCAUGAUCUACAUUGGCCUGGAGUUUGGCUCGUUCUUUGAGAUACCCUUCGAUUCGCCGUGCCAUCACAUCCUGAUCGGCGUGAAUCCGCUGCUCCAGAUGAUCUUCACCUUCAUGCAGAUGUACUUCAUAUUCAUGAAUGCCCGGCUGAACAUCCACCGCUUCAAGGUGAUCGCCCGCUUUGGCUUGAUGCACGUGGUGGCCACCAACAUUUGCGUGUGGAUCCGCACGCUGGUUAAGGAGUCGCUGCUGGAGAUCACGAUCUAUCAUCAGAAGAACGAGCCGGAGGCCGGCGCCUCCUCCAUAGCACACUCCAUCCGGCAGCAUGCACUGCGGCACGCGGGCACCGUGCUGCGCACCCAUGCGGGACCCAACAGCGAGUUCGAGGUGCUCGAUGGCGAGGACAUACUGCCCAAGGAUGUGUACAAGAGCGACAAUGUGCUGUCCAAGCUGGUGCGCAAUACCGUCGAUGGUAUUUCGAAGAGCCUGGGCAUGGGCGGUGACCAGUCGAUUGCCAGCACCACUGGCGGCAUCAGCACCACGACGACGACCACGACAAGGGCACCGUUCACCACACCGAACUACCAAUGGCACAGCACUACUAUGGCCCGCAAGCUGAAGAAGUUUAUCACCAGCGCCACCACCGCGGCCACAACGGCGGCGGGCAGCAGCAGCACAGCCAGCAGCACCACCAUAUCACCGACCAUCAGUAGCACCACCAUUCCGUCGACCACCAUCAGUAGCACCACCAUCACAUCGAGCCCCACCUUCAGUCCAUUUAGCCCAUCCACCACCACCACCACCACCACCACCACCACCGCUGCCGCCCUGAAUCUCGAGACCAGCGGCAGUGAAUCGCCCUUCGGCGGCCUGCAGCGCAUCCUCUCCAGCGCUGCGCCGCCGAGCCUGGCGCCAGUCGAUGGGUUCGGUUCCGCUUCCGCUGCCACGCCAGUGGCCAGUGCCGGUUCCUUCGUAGACAACUUCCUGGCCAGCACACUGAGCCCGGCCAGCAGCACCGAGGGCUCGGCCAGCAUCAUGAACAACCUCUUCGGCCAGGGACCCAUGGAGAACAGCUUCCAGACGUACAGCGAUCUCGGCCACGAGGAGGCCACCGGUCUGGUGAGCUUCGAGAAUCUGGAGAGCCUAGACAACAUAUACCCGGCGGCGUUGUCCUCCAAUAUCGGCACACUCAACUCCACCGCCUGCGGCCGCAUCGACAUAAUGGGCACCAUUGUCUACGAUUCGGCGCCCUACCUCUAUCCGUUCAUCAUCGAGUAUUCGCUGAUCGGGGCGGUGGUGUUGUAUGUCAUGUGGAAGCACAUCGGCCGCUAUCCGGGCCGCAUGAACGACGAGGAUCUGGAGCAUCGACUGGAGGUGAUGCUAUCGCGGCGAGCGGUGGCCAUGGCGCAGCAGGCGCGAUCCGGACGCGUCGACUGCGUCGGUUCGUCGAAGGGCCUAUUCUUUGGGCUACUGCUGCUGGUCGGGGCUCUCAUCUGCCUGAUACUCUUCUUCGUCUUGGUGCGCCAUCAGCAGUUCUCGCUGUUGGCCAUUUACCUCGCCGACGCCAGCCACUGCAUCCUGAUGGCCUUCGCCAUACUGGCCAUUAUUGUGGGAUUCAUCAGGGUCAAGAACCUGAAGUUCCGCUGCGAGGAGCAGUCGAACCUGAACGACAUCUUGCUGCGCAUCUCGGCCUUCGGCCUGUUCACCUACUCCGUGUUCAGCAUCAUUGCCGGCAGCUUGAAGGUGCUGGAGAGCGAGCCCAGCCUGCUGGUGACGACCACCGGCGGCGUGGCCGUCUUCCAGGUGAUCCUGCAGCUGCUGUUCAUCGCGGACGUAUCCCGCCGCCGCGUCCACCUGCCGGAGCACGAUCGGAGCAAGCCGGGCCGCCAGAUUGUCACGUUCCUUCUCAUCUGCAACGUGGCCAUGUUCGCCAUCUACACAUUCGAAGCUCAAAAAGUAUUCGCCAAUCCUGUUCAGCUGGAGUUCUAUGGCUUUGUGCCCUGGUCGAUCAUCCAGCGCAUCACACUGCCGCUGUGCAUCUUCCAUCGAUUCCACAGCGCCGUGACACUCGCCGAGAUCUGGAAGACCACCUACAAGGCACGCCUGGAGUAAGGCGUUGGCGAUAGCGAUGGCUGGUUCCCGAUGGUACCCGAUGUCUAUAUAGGCCGAUGAUGGGUGGGAGUUAUAAAAAUGCACCAAAAACCGAAAUGUAGCGAGCCCAGAACGCAAAAGUGAAGCAGUUAGGUUCUAAUUACGUACUAAACAUAUAUGCAUACUACAUAUAAUAUAUACAUUAGUGCAGAAUAUGUACGAGAGCAUAUUAUGAGUUUUUUGUUUAAGGAAACCAAAGCGUAACGAAAUGAGUAACGAAACGAACGAACCAAUCGGACCAAACUGCGCGAUUAACAAUUAACGAUUGCCAACCGAUAACGAUUGCAGGUCGCUUCUUCAUUUCCCCCACCCCACUUUUCUUCUUUUUUUUUAUUUUUGUUUACUUUGUUAACUCGUGGAGAACUUAAGAACCUAAGAACUAAGUCAUAGCGUUUACAAUUGAACCGAGAACCUAGAGAACCGAUAACCACGGCACAUGUUUUUAAUCUGAGUUACGUAUUUAAUUUAGUUUAGUUUAGUUUUGGUCUCUAACACGCUGCAAUAUCUUGUUACUAAAUCGAAACUACAAGUUAAUAUUAAUUUCAUGAUUGUUUAACCAUUAUCAGCUUCGGCAACCGAAACCAAAAACCAAAAAAAAAAAAAACGAAAUCGAUUAAAAAUUCACAUUACAAAUAAGAUGGAAAUUAUUCUGAAAACACAUAAAAAAAAAUGGUUGUUUACUUUUCGCGUGUUUUUCGCGACUGCGAAUGAGGGAAAUUCCCGUGACUAUACACUGAAACACAAAACAGGGACACUCAAUGCAAUGCCAUGAAGAACGCGGCCACAGGAAACGGAAACGAAACGGUAAAUGUAACAAAGCCCGGAAACGGAAACGAAAUUCGAUCUGAUCAGACUUUUCCACCAAUCGAGAACAACAACAACAGUAACAGCCGAACAACAACAAACUGUGAUGAAUUCAUAUGAUUUACUGGUAUAAUUUGCUACUCCAUUACAUUUCCCGAUUUUCCAAUUUCCCGAUUUUAUUUAACCAUUAAGCAUUUUCGUUUUUAUUCUCAGCCACAAGUCACUAACUGAGUUGACACAACUUUUGUAAGAAUUUAGAAACAAUGGCGCUAAGACAACUUCAUGGCCAAUUGUAAAAACAAAUUGCCCGAAACACCAUAACUAAAAACAAAAUCAUACAUAUUAAAAAAACACAAAAACCAGAGAAAACAAAGAAAAUUGUGGCUUUUAAUGGCCAGAAAAACAAAAAAACCAAAACAAGAAAAACCAAAAAAAAAAAACAUUUUUAAUAUACAUUAUAUAAAAGUUUAUAAAUGUCCAUUUUUUGAUUAUUAGUAGUGAUGUUAAAAGAAAAACAUAAUUAACGGUAAAAAUAAUAAUAUGUAUGUAUGUUAUAGCAGAGAAUCGGAUAAACCAAACCAAACCAAAAAAAAACACAACUUCUUAAGCAACACUCGAAAAAAAAAGAGAAAUUGCGAAGCAAACGAAAAUCUUUCCAAGUGAAUCCCCGCAUUUAUGAAUGAAAAUUUUAGCUAAAGCGAUAUGGAAAAUGAAGAGGAGUCAUUCUGCCGAUGAGAUGACCGGAAAAACAAGCGUAUAGGAACGGAAAAACCAUUGACAAGCAUCAAAUUGUUUACAAUUUACAAUGUUAAAAAGGAAACGAACAUUUUGAAAGAUAUAUAUGCCACGUAUAUCUAUAAAUAUAUGUAUACUAACCCACCAAAUUCAAAGUAUUUCAACGUUUUAUACAAGGAGACGAUGCGCAAGACAAGAGAUCGGACCCCUUCUGGAAUCCAAAUGCCCAGAGAAUUCCUCUCCAUAAAACCAAAUCACUCAUCCACAUUUCCAUUCCCAUAUCCAUACCCACACCCAUAUCCAUACGCAUAACCAUUUCCAUACCCGAUUCCCAUUCGAAAUACAGCUGCAACUCGAGUCAGAAGGCAUCAGUUCGCUAAAGACCAAAGAAGAUUAAUGAUUAAUUGAGAAUCCGAUUAUAAUCUGUAAUCAUAAUCCAGUCUACAAGUCUAUAUAAUGCAUGUUAACUGUAGGCGCGGGGAGUUCAACAAGAAUACGUAUUCAAUACUCGUAAUCCAAUCAAAUGUAAUGUGGUAGCAAGCUAGGUAAACCAAGCCAAAAAUCGAACAAACCAUAAGUAGUUCAGCACUCGCUCAGUCACCCACGCGGAUCUACAUCUGGAUCAGGAUCAGGAUCAGGAUCGUAGGAUCCGUAUCCGGGGAAUCAUAUAUCCAAAGUUUGCGAAUCAAAUUCAGUUUGAAACUUGUACUUGCGUAGGCUCUUAGAAAUUGUACUUGAAUGCAUACGCUACAUAAAUCACAUACAUAUAUAUAUAUUUAACUAUGCAUAUAUAUAUAUAAAUAUUUAUAUAUAUAUAUAAAUAAAUUUAAUUGUUUUUUCCUUAACAUUUAGUUAAACGUAAGAUUGAAUCAUAUUUUAUGCCGUACAACCGAACAGAAAAGUGUGAGCAGAAAGAAAUGUUUAUUAAAUGUUUCAACUAAGUUGUAUAAUUAUAAGUGAGAGUUUACAUAAUGGAAUUAUGUAUCUGUAUCUAAGCAAGAGCAAAACACUGACAACAUUUUAGGGCAACAACAGCGUCCAAGAAAAACGAGUUGGGAAUUCGAGUAACGUUCAAAUUGAAACUCAAUUGACAGAAAAUGAAAAUUCAGACAGAAACUUAACGCACAAGAACAAACAAGAAGAAACAUGAACAAACAAGAUCAACACCAAAGCAGCAGCUAAAUCCCAUGAAAUAUACAAAACUUAAUGAACGGAAACAAAAACAUGAACAACUUAUAUACUCGUAGGUAUAUAGACAAUUUCAAUAACUGAUAAAUAUAUAUAUAUAUAUAUACAAAGUGAAAA